UGAUUGGUGAAUGUGCUUUUCAUUCAGAAACGAUCCUUUUGCUGGUUGUUGAGGCCUGAGUUGCGGAUGGCGGGAUGGAUGAAUUUUUUCGGAAUUUCUCUGUUGAACGGUCGGCGCGCAUCGCUUACUUUAGCGGCUUGUUUCUUUUUAACCAUGAGGGUUUGGGUGGCGGCGACAGGAGAAAGCGGGCAAGUUGUCUACAUUGUAGAAGACAAAGUCCAUCAUUUCAGUACACAGAAGAACCUUUGCUUUAAGAAUGCUGUGUUACCUGGAUGGAGAGAGAUUUGGACCCGGAUUCAGAUCCGAGUGAACAGCUCUGAGAAAUUUAAAGUGAAGCAAGUAGAUGAUGAAAAGGAGCUAGAAAUUGCAGGGGUGUGGAGUUGGAUUAUCGAGUCGACAGCAUCCAUGUUAAAGGAGAAAGUGAAUGAAACUUACAUUAACGUUGAUCUUUUCAGCAACAAAUCCUGCUUUAAAGUGGAACCGAGCAACACUGAGGCUUGGUAUGACGUUCUGUUGACAAGACGUUUUGAUCCACAGCUGAUCCUUAUCUUCACUUUUGGGCUGCUGCUGUUCUUCUAUUCUGAAACCUUAAGCAGGAGUCAGCUUUUCUUCUACACAACAGGAAUGGGCUUUGGAGUUUUGGCUUCACUCCUCAUUCUCGUCUUUGUCCUCGCUCGUUUACUCCCCAAGAAAAGUUCUCUCUACUUGCUGAUGGCAGGCGGUUGGUCCGUGUCUCUGUAUCUGAUCCAAGUGACACUGAGGAAUUUACGUUUUCUGCUAAGAGAGUGUUGGCAGUAUGUUUUAGGUUAUGUGACAAUAUCUGCCUUUGUCAGUUUUGCUGUCUGUUACAAGUAUGGUCCACUGGAGGAGGACAGAAGUAUCAAUCUUCUAAACUGGGCCCUACAACUCAUUGGACUGUUACUAAUAUACUUUGGUAUCCAAGUACAACAAGUUGCUCUGGCACUCAUCAUUGUAGCUUUCUGCAUCAAGAACCUAGAGCGUCCACUUAGGUGGAUGUACACGGCAUACAAACAAGUGUUCAAGAUAAGAGGCAAGCCAAAACCCCGAAAGCUUCUAACUGAGGAGGAAUAUCAGAGGCAAGGAGAAGUAGAAACACACAAAGCCCUGAUGGAGCUGCAACACUACUGCAGUAGCCCUGAGUUCAAUGCAUGGAAAAUGGUGUCCAGACUUACAACACCAAAGAGAUUUGCUGACUUUGUUGAAGGAAAGUCUCAUCUCAAUCCCAACGAAAUUUCUGUUCAUGAACAAGAAUAUGGAUUAGGUGGAUUAUUUUUAGAGGAUGAAAUCUACGACAAUGGUUUCGAUGAUGACGAAUCUUGA